ACUGAUUUGUGAACUACUGAAGAGCAAUGGUGCUGAUAACGUGUUAGAAACCCUUUGAUACCGAGUGUAGUCCAAAGGCUUCUUAACUCAUAAACACAUGAGACACAAAGAUAUGCGAGGAACUAGUAUUCUCAUUCAUCUGUUCUGUUCACUGGUUACAAUAAAUGGUAGUGUCAUCCUCUAUAUAUAGUGCAAAGUUAGGGUUUCGGCUAAGUGGGCAACAUGGGCCUUCGGGAUCCAAACUGUUUUCUUAACAGUAUCCAUGUCCGUGGCCGGCCAGGUGAUGGCAUAUAUUUGUGCGAUCCCAUCCCCAGUUAUCGAAGCAGCCGCGAGCGAGAGAGCAUCGUGGUUGUUUGUUUCAGCUUCUGGGCGGCUUCUGGCCGCCAGAAGCUGAAGCUGUAUCCAAACGGCCAGCUUCUCAGGCGGCUUUUCGUCGCAGCGCUUCGCAUAGAAGCGACCCGCCUACAGCGCCCGAGAAGCGGCCUUCAGUUGGCUUCUACGCAACGCUUGGGAUACGGCGCUAGGGUUGUCGCGCUCCCAACGAGCCGCCGUCGCUCCCGCUCCUCCCCACACUGUCGCUCCCUCUCCUCCCCACACCGGCGGCUUCUCAGGGUUGCCGCACGAACGCCGCCGUCGCAGCUCCGUCCUCAAGCCUUCUCCCCGUCACGUCGUCGUCUGAGCAGAUUACCCCAUCAACUAGGAAUCUAGGACUUCGGUACCAACCUCCACUGAAGCUAAGAUGUGUGACCCUGCUGCACACACAUAUGAUAAUGAAAUGGAUGACACAGAUGCAGAAUUGGUGGUUGCUAUAUAUGCUGUAGACGUUUGGGGCAGGACUUUCAGUCAGGUUCCUAGAAGAACAUUGGUUGAAACUGGUAUUCAAUGGGUGGAGAGAACGUUGGAGAAUAGUAACGACUGCUUCGAUAUGUUUCGCAUGCGACGAACUAUUUUUAGACGAUUGCAUGACACAUUGGUGGACAAUUAUGGUCUACUUCCAAGCCGGGGUGUUAGUACUAUGGAAGCACUUGGCAUUUUCUUGUGGGCAUGUGGGGGUCCACAAUCAUUUAGGCAGAUAAGGAAUAAGUUUGGUCACUCCUUGGAAACAAUUAGUCGCAAGUAUACUGAAGUCCUUGAUGCACUGUUCAAGAUGUCAUCUGACAUAAUUAAGCCCAAAGACCCAUAUUUCAUCGAUAUUCAUCCUCGUUUGCGAGAGGCGAGAUUUUGGCCACACUUCAAGGAUUGCAUAGGAGCAAUUGAUGGUAGUCACUUUCCAGCGGUAGUCUCGGCCUCGGAGCAAGCCAAAUAUAUUGGACGGCACGGUUACGCAUCGCAGAAUGUAAUGGCCGUUUGUGACUUCGAUAUGAGGUUCACAUUUGUUGUCACAGGAUGGCCAGGAUCCGUACAUGACACUAGAGUAUUACAAAAUACUUUGAUAACUUAUGCGGACAGGUUCCCCCAGCCACCAGAAGGUAAAUACUAUCUUGUCGAUUCAGGUUAUCCAAAUAGAAAGGGCUACCUUGCACCUUAUAAGGGUCAGAAGUACCACAUUUCUGAAUGGCAAAAUGCGAGGCAACCUAUUGGGAGCAAAGAAGUAUUCAACUAUGCACACUCUUCGCUACGCAAUGUAAUAGAGCGAUCGUUUGGGGGUGCUUAAAAUGAAGUGGAGAGUUCUAUUAAGUCUCCCUUCAUUUUCGCUUACCAAACAAUCCAAGAUAGUUAUUGCUUGUAUGACAUUGCAUAACUUCAUUAGAGAGAGUGCUCUACACGAUAGAGACUUUGAUGAACUAGGACCUAAUAGCAUCAGUCAUGAUGUACCUUUAGGUGAGAGUAGUAGUAGCACAUCUGAUGAGUUAGACAUGAGUGCUUUUCGAGAUGCAAUUGUUAAUGCAUUAGUGUCGUAGGUUAGUAUGUCAAUGUAACGGUAAUUAUGAUGUAAACAACUCCACUAAUUAAUGUGUAAUGACCUUU